CUUCAUUUCUCUAUAUCCGUCAUUUCUUUGCUACUAUGCAAUUUAUGCUGCUGUAGCCGAGUGGCAGAGUCAUAUACACCGUCGCCCAUCUUCUCAUUACCUGUGAUGCAUAAGUAAAGACCUGGAAAGACCCACGACAUGGGGCCCAUCGAGUUCAACAAGCGGCGCAUCUUCAUAUUGUUCGCUGCCGUAAUAGCCUUCUACAUCGUCUUCCAUGGCAUUACGAUCUCCGGAGACAGCCUCAGAGAUGCAACUGCUCAUAUCCCCCUCCCGGAUAGUUUGCGCCCCAGCGAACACAAGCAGCCUCCUACCGCCGACCCAGACGAGAUAUGGGAUCUAGAUCCUCUUCCCUCUCCCGCUCCAGACCCUCCGGUGGACUCCCCAUCCACGGAGCCUUCGACGCACGACCCUGUCGAGCAUAAUGAUCUGCAUCCGAUCACACGCCUAAUGGAAGAGGCAGACGCUCGGUGGAGAUCUUACGAGACGGGAAUUUCGACAUCCUUCAGACAGACCGUGGAAAAGUAUAGAAGUCGAUAUGGCAGACACCCUCCACCCGGGUUUAGCGAGUGGUACAAGUUUGCACGCAGGAGAAAUGUGUUCAACAUCGACGACUUCGACCAGAUCAUGGAUGACCUGCGACCGUUUUGGGCUAUCAACGCAUCCGAGAUCCGAACGCGGGCUGCGCAUAUGUGGGAGCAAGAUCAGUUUGGGGUUGCGGUCAUACAUAUACGAGACCACAAGGUUGUGCGCGUCGAUUUUCCUAGCUGGCGGUCCGAGACCAUGGUCAACGUCAUCGAGAAAUUUAUCGAAUUUCUUCCAGACAUGGAUAUUGCAAUGAAUCGGCUCGACCAGCCUCGCGUGGUGGUGCCUUGGGAAGACAUGCAAAACAUGCUGCAAUAUGAGUACGAUACUCGCGUGGUGCCUCCUGAAGUCAUGGACAACUUUACGUUGCAUCAGAGCGAUCUGUUGGAUAUGAGCUUCGAGAACAAAGAAGAUGACAACUCAACCAGGCUCGAUGACGGAUGGUUCUUUGCGCCAGGCCAGCAAUACAUGAAGAUCGCUUCCAAGGCAUGUCCGCCUGAAUCACCAGCACGGUCGAAUAUGUCCAUCGCCCAGGCCGAUAAACUGUACAAGGAACCGAUGGCUGGGAUUGUCAGCAAUUUCAAUCUAUCCUCCGACCUCUGUACCGUCGGUCCUGCCAUUCAGGACCUGCACGGUAUGCUAUACUCGGCCAGCAGCAUAAUCGCGUCCCACAAGCUUGUCCCUAUCUUUGGGGAAUGUAAGGUCAACGUGAACAGCGAUAUCCUCUUCCCAGCAAACAUGUACUACCGUCACGACGAUCGGUAUGACUACAAUAGCGAAGAGGACGUAGACUGGCGCGAGAAGCAAGACACCAUCAUAUGGCGCGGAGUGACGUCCGGAGGUGUCCAGAUCGCAGAGAAUUGGGAGACCAUGCACCGGCAAAGACUGGUUCGACUCAUGAACGGCACGCACCUCUUGCAAUCAGGCACCCAUGCCAAAGUCCUCACGGAAAAGCGAGAAGAUCUAAACAAGGAGAACACAACAUAUGAAGUCUACGAUCAUUUCCAGCCUUCCCACUUCGCCGAGCGUCACAGUGAUGUCGGCUUCGUCGAGGCCUGGGGCUGUGUACCGAAUUGCAGUUUCUACGACAACGUCUUCUCCUGGAAACCCCAAGUGUCUUUGACAUCUCAAUUCAAGUCGAAAUACCUUAUUGAUGUGGACGGACACUCUUUCUCGGGCCGCUGGCACGCCUUCCUGCAGAGCAAGAGUCUUGGCCUAAAAGCAACCAUCUUCCGCGAGUGGCACGAUAGCAGGUUGCUGGCCUGGCGCCAUUUCGUGCCCGUCGAUAACCGGUACGACGAUUUGUACGCGCUGUUAUCGUACUUUAUCGGCUAUGGAGAGCCAAACAUGGAGCACGCAAUUGAGAGCGACGAUCUGAAUCCGGAGGUAUACAUUGCCCCGCACCCCAAGGAGGCGCAAAGGCUUGCGAGACAGGGCCGCGAGUGGGCGAAUAAAGUCCUCCGAAGGGAAGAUAUUGAGGUUUACACAUUCAGGUUGCUUUUGGAGUACGGAAGGCUUAUUGAUGACAAUCGCGAUUACAUUGGAUAUUCGGGUGAUGGGAGUGAAUUGGACAAAUUCGAUGCUGGCGAGGAGAAGGCGUCCGGAAGAUGGGGAAUCGGUGGCUGGAAAGACUGAGGCUGUCACGAUGUUUAAAAUUGGAAUCGAAGAUUUGUCGUUCGAUUAGACGGCAGCAGUGCAAAGUCAGCACGGCAUGCUCCGCUCUUCGCUUCGACAGGCCACGUCGAUCCGGUACAGGCAAUCCGCAAAUGAAGAGCCGUUUCCGCAGGCAGACAGUCCCCUGCUGUGAUAGAGUGGUGAUGAUCCGUCUGGAAAACGCCGAAGUGGCAGCAGCAAUGGAUCUGACAAUGCCGUGCGGUGGGAGCAUCCUGUCAGCCGCGUCUCAAGAAUCUAAUGGCAAGCCUCGAUUCUUCUCCGUUGAGCCACCAAUGCCGGCUAGAGGGACAGCCAGGGCGAAGGAAAGGGACGUCGAGAGGUGCGAAGAUACUACUCACCGCUUUGUGGCAGAUGGGAGUCUUCGAGGCGCAGGAAUACUUGGAUGUAUAUAUCUCGGGAUGCGUUUUGGCUUGUACAGCAGGGUAUUUGGCGUUCUGCUGCGCUUGGAAAAAGGGCGGCAAUCACAUUCGGAAGGAGGCUUCUAUACAUAGUAAAGAGUCAUUGUCAUUCAUCAUUCGACAUGAACAUUUUGUUUGCUACGGCUGGGGC